GAAAGCCCAAGCAGGAGGUGGCGGUGUCUGGCCUUGCUCGGCAGCUCUCCCCUCAGUGAAGAGUAGUUUUGGUAGACUGGACUUUGAACAUUCGGAGCUGCUCACAGCUUUUAGCUUCAGAGAACAUCUGGAGGACUAAACACGGAGGAAAUCCGCGGUGAAAAAAUCUGGAUCGCUCUUGAAAACAAGAAAAAACGGUGCUGGUGGAAAUAAGGCCAAUUGAGGAUCAAAUGUUUCAUCCGUGUAGGUGGUUUCAUCAGCGACUGUCUCGCUGUUGAGAAAGCAGUCCUGAAACAGGUUGAUAGCUGGGAUUCCCACGGGGAAUCCACCGAAGCAGAACAUCUGGUGAGGAAUCUUCAUACACACCGAGGCCAGACGGAGAGCCUCGUCGCUCGGAUGCUCCUCUUGGACGGCUGAUGCUCCACCAUGGGAGGAAGCAGCAGCAGGAUUCUACAGCUGUGAAGAUGACACCAUGACAUUAGGAGGAACAUAUGGAUCUCCAGCACCGUAUUUCUCAUGAUGAUGCACACUCACUUUGGGAAGGAAGGCUUCGCUCCACUGUACCCCUUCCAGAACUGUGGGACAUUAACACACUUCUCAACUGUGCCAUGUGGGUUCUAACCUAUCAGAGACGGUAAUAAUGGAGGACGUCUCUAUGGCGAACAUGUCCCUGGGCUCCGGAGCCGUGCCGCAGCCAGUCACCCCGACGGGGAAGUCCUCAGUAAUGGCCCCAGGUCUCAGCCUCCCUCUGCAGGUCUUCUUCAUCCUCGUCAUGGCAACCAUCCUACUGGUGGCCUUUGCAGGAAAUGUGGUGGUGUGCCUGAUGGUGUACCAGAGAUCCGCCAUGCGCUCCGCCAUCAACAUCCUCCUGGCCAACCUGGCGUUUGCAGACAUGAUGCUGGCCAUCUUCAACAUGCCGUUCGCUUUAGUCACUGUUAUGACCACCACCUGGAUCUUUGGGAACACUUUUUGCCGGGUUUCUGCCAUGCUCUUCUGGUUGUUUGUGAUUGAAGGUGGAGCUAUUUUGCUUAUAAUAAGCAUUGAUAGAUUUCUGAUUAUUGUCCAGAAAAAAGACAAGCUCAGCGCACAGAGAGCCAAGCUACUCAUUUUGAUCACCUGGGUCCUCUCUUCGGUUUUCUCCUCCCCUCUGGCUGUAGGUUCCCCUAGUCUGCAAAUCCCUCCCAGAGCCCCUCAGUGUGUUUUUGGUUACAGCGCUGACCCAGGAUACCACGCUUACGUCUUGAUCCUCAUGCUAGUUUUCUUCUUCAUACCUUUCCUGGUCAUGCUGUACACAUUCAUGGGGAUCCUGAACACCAUCCGCCACAACGCCAUCCGCAUCCACAGCCACCCAGACAGCAUGUGUCUGAGCCAGGCCAGCAAGCUUGGCCUGCUGAGCCUCCAGAAGCCCUUCCAGAUGAACAUAGACAUGAGUUUCAAGACCCGUGCCUUCACCACCAUCCUCAUUCUCUUCUCCGUAUUUACCGUGUGUUGGGCGCCCUUUACUGCCUACAGUCUGGUGACUACCUUCAGUUUUGGCUUUUAUCACAAAGACAGUUUUUUCCAAAUCAGCACAUGGCUCCUGUGGUUGUGCUACCUCAAGUCUGCCCUAAACCCUCUCAUCUACUACUGGAGGAUCAAAAAGUUUCGAGAUGCCUGCUUCGAUCUGAUGCCCAAAUACUUCAAGUUUCUUCCUCAGCUGCCAGGCAACACCAAGAGACGCAUCCAGCCCAGUGCUGUGUAUGUAUGUGGAGAGCAUCGUUCUGUGGUUUAAAGGGAAAUUCACUCUUAUAAUGCUGUUAGAAACCCCACUUUGAAUCCAUGUAACUUGCAUUUGAGAUUGCUUGGAGUGAACUAAAGGAUACUUCUCUCAGUAGAAGCGCAAGCUGAAAGUAGCACUGUUUUGAAAAGCCAAGGGGCUGAGUUGAUAUAAGUAGCUGCUGAAGGGAUACCUAGAAGAUCUGUUUGAAGUGUUCUCAUGUGCAGUAUGAUAUGAGAAUAUACCCAGGGGUUUAAUCUAAGGAUGCACGCAUAUCUGAUAUUAAUACUGGUAUUAUGGGUGUUAACUGAUACUUACAGAUAUUUUAUAUAUAUAUGUAUUUCUGUACACUUUUGACACUGUGUAAAAAGGGACCUCACAAACGACAUCUUUUUUCUUCUUUAAACUCCCCAUAAACUUUUGCUGCAUCAAGUAAAUACCACAUAGCCAACAUCCUCCUCCUCUUGAAACAUAAACAAACAAGAUGAAAGGAAAUGUCACUCAUUAAAAUUUUUCUGCAUUUCUGUUUUUUUCUAGAAAACAUAAAUUUAUCUAAAAAAAAAAUUCUCAAACAUUUUUGACAUUUUGAUUCCGGUGGUGUGUGCUACCUGAACCUAUAGCUACGCCUAAAAUGGGGAUGUUGGUAGAGUUUGUCCCGGGUGGUUUUUCCGUUCAAGUCCACUCUGUCUACUUCUGUCGAUGAGUUUUUGGCUAAGACACUUCACCCGCAUUGCUUACUCAGUUCAGUGGUGCAUGGCAGCCUCUGUAAGUGUCAACACUGUUGUAAGGGUAACUGUGGCUUGCUAUACUACUGUGUGAAAGGGUGAAUGUAGUGUGAGGUACUUUGGUGUCCUCUGGACUUCACACUAUACAUUUACCAAAGCCCCCACAAUGCUCUGCUUCUAUCAGUCACCACCAUCCAAAAUGGAAACAAGAGAGUUUGUUUCCUCUUUGAAACAAGCUUCUCAUUCUAAACAACUGCAGUUUUCAGUGACUCCUUGUCAGGAGUUGCAGCUAGCAGUUAAUCCCGUCACAUUACAACCGGUUGUGUGUACAGAUAGAUGCAGUUGGAGAACAUUAUUAGACAUAAGUCUAAUAUCAAAACUGUGAUAUCAUCAAUGGUAGCCAGUCUGAUGCUUGGUGACUAAGCAGGAAGAAGUGGUAUUCAGACCCAAACAUGUCCAUUGAGAUCAAAAUUUCUGCCAUUCAUUUCUGCAAAUGCAAUCAAUCUUUAAAAUGGAACAUAGAAAAAGAACCUUCUUCACAGUCCUUUAGAUGUGAUUUGCAGUGGAGGGUGUUUGAAUGUUGGACUAACAACAUUUCUAUGUUGUUAGUCGCUCAACUGGUGAAAUGGGGAAGAUGCAGAAGGUGGAUCUUAAAUCCCCACUAUUGAGAGUGUGGUCUGAGUCAUUUUCUUCAGGUUUGAUAAAGAAAAUAUCCACUACAAAACUCUAAAUUUAACUGUGUGCUUUUAGUGGUUUGUGUGGCUUAAAGCCUCCCAUAUACCCACAGUGGUGGUGACAAUGUUAAGGCUUUGUCUACAAAAUUGGUGAGUUGCUGGUUCAAGUUGCUCUGAAUAUCUGUUACCCAGUUGUGUGUGUUAUUCUAUCUGUCUUUGCGUUGUUGGGCAAGGCACUUUACUCACCUUGCCUGCUAAUGGCGCAGAGAGGGUGCUGUGAGCACUCUGUUCCAUGGUCCCGGAGAGAUGAUGUUUACAUUGAUUUUAAACAAAGGAAACUCAACAGAGCUAGGUUUUUAGCCUUGUUUUGAAGGGACUCCGUGUUUUAACAGUUUUAACAGAUGGUCUUUGGUAUCCUGAAAAAUGCUAAAAGCCAGACUUUAUCAUCAAUCAAUCAUUGUCUCAAAGGACAUGUUUGAGUCCGAAAACCACUUCUUCCUGCUCAGUCACUAACGGUGCCUGUAUAGUAAAGUUAAAACCUGAACAUCUAUUACUACUACCAUGUUUUACGAAAUAUCCUGCCUUCCAUCUUCAUGCAUGAUUUAUAAUUACAUUUACAUCUCCCAUUGAGGUGAUUAUUUAUUUUUUUUAUUUUCUUUAUUUAAUCAGGUAAACCCCAUUGAGAUCUGGAUCUCAUUUUGAAGAGGGACCUGGGCAUCUCCCCCAGUCUUAAAUCUUGAAGCCCACUGUGUUGUGAAAAUGGAAGUGUGGUCACAUUUUGAAUCUGAAUAUUCAUUUGAAAUUAUUCCCAGCUUGAAACAAUCAUUAAAAUCAUCUUAAAUCAAAGACACCUUCAGUGUCUUCAGCUUUUGUAUUAGAAAGAUUUUAUUCUAGUAAAAAGUGACAUGGAGUCCAUGUCCAUGUUUGUACCAAAAUUGCAUUGAAAUAUGCAUUGAAGCUAUAUGAGACUUUGGCCAAAAUUAAGCAAUAUUUCCACAGGUACAAUUACUAUGGCAUCUUCUCUCUUAAACAAAUUUACACCUGGAAUUAGACAAAAAUAGAACAAAGCUUUGUAGGGUUGUGAAAAUCAGUAAUUUUACUAUUUGAGUAUUGUACCCAUCAUUCUGUCAAUUAAGCGAGUAAUUGAAUUAAAAAAUGUAUCAAAUAAAAUAUUGGCACAUACUGCCCACAAUUGGCCCAGAUUUAUAUAUUUAUUGCAUUUAUAGCAAUUACUUUCCUGUAGCUUAAAAAAUUACAACAGCUGACUUUGAUAAAAAUUCUGCCAAAAUCUUAAAUUGUAUUCAGUUCAAUAAUAAACCAUCAGGAUCACAAAGACACUUAUGAAAAAUGUUUAUCACCUUUAAUAGAUGAAGUCUCACUUUGCCCAACCAUUUCUAGCUUUUGUGCCCAAGUGUACAACGGGAUUUGGCACCUUUCAUUACACACAGAAAUAUGCAUGUCGCAACCCGUUUGUGACUGGAAUGGUCUUCACAUCUCAGCUUCUCUGGGGACCAGCAUUUAAAGUUGAUUUUUACGAAAAGCAAAUGGCAAGACUUUACUGAACAAGGAAUGCACUGAAUAACUUGUACUCUGUGACAGUAAUGUUUGGGAAAUAAAGGAGAGACUGACUUUUUAUUGACCCUUCCUGUUUCCUCACACUGAAAAUGAGUCGAUGGUGGCGAAACAGCGUGUACAAUAGUAUGGAUUUUUUUUUUGUUUUUUUUUUUGGAAGCAUGCAAAUGAUCAGCUGAAGUGCCACAGCCAAAUGUAUAUUUGCAUUUAUAAUGUUUUCAUUGUGCCUAUUAAUUAGUCUGUUGCCAGUCAGAAUGCUGCUAUUUGGUGAAAAUGUGCAAUUUUGGUGUACUGUACUGUUGAAUGUAAUAAACACCUAGACAUUUCUUACAUU